AUGUAUCUGCAUAAAGGUUCACAGGUAGCAACAAUGCAGUCUACCGUGUCCCCCAUGACAAGCACCGAUAAGUUUCGGCGAGCUUACGAUAUGGGACUUCCUCCUGCUGUGAUUGAAAGGCAGACAAAAGUUUUAAACUACAGCAGCUCCACUGCUGCUGCGUUGGCAGGGCAGUUGGAAAACUGCGUCCGGUUGCUUCGCGGACACUGCGCGACACUGCACUAUUGCAAUGAAGAAAUUGAGGGUGCCUUGCUGACACUUGGUGUUGAUGUGACACAUUCUUUACUUUCUUCCAUUAGCGGUGUUAUUGAGGGCCUUGAAACCGUGGCGGGGACAUGCAAGGCGAUGUGUGAAAGCCACUUUGAGGAAGUUCGACAGCGGGAGGACCUUUUUGCUUCGUUAUGCAACAUGUAUGUCACCUUGAAGGAGCGAAAUGAGUUCACGGAACGGGAGUUGCGUAGUAUUGUUGCGGAGCGUGAUCGUCAAAAUGCCGCGUUUGACAGGGCGGUUGCAUAUGUAGAAACACUGAUUGCGGAAAGAGCAGUUUGGCACGAAAAGAACGGGUAUAAUUGUGUCGGCCUCCCGUUGGUGGAGAAGUUGUUUUCGGAAAGCUGUCAUGAGGCCCUCGAUGUGUUCGACAGGAUCGCACAGGAAACUCGCACUCCAGAUGGAAUGAGUUUGAAUUGCAUUCCUUCCAACACGGACACCCCUGGCAAACUUGUGAAAAGGUGGGAGACGAUUGAGGAUCUUCGGCAUGCGAACGGGAUGCCUUCCGCGCGGCUGCAGUACAUUCCGCCCAGAGAUGAAGUACUGCUUCUUCGUGAGGUGCUGGAAAUGGGCACGGGAAGUCGAGUGUUGCUGCGAGAUGUACGCGAGGAACGCAAUAAUCUUGAGGAGUGCAAGAAGAAAUUAUGUGAGCUCGGUGUCACGACCCUUGCCACCUUAAAACUCGCACGCGCGGAGUUAAAUGGGUUUAGGGAAUGGCUUACAGGCCUUGAACAACGCGGUCACCCGUUCAAUACCUUUUUUGAGACAUUUCGUGGUAUGAUAGUGGAUCUUGAAAGGAAGUUGGAGGCCAAUGAAUGA